UUUUAAGGAUUUGCUCCUCAGUAAUAAUACUAGCUAUUCAGCAUUCAGGCCUACCAGGACCAGAAAAUCCUCUCAAAAACUACUCAGAAAAGGGAGACAUUACUCAGGAAUGAUGUCUAUUCAGGAGAAAUCAAAAGAAAGUUCUUCCAGAGUUAUUAAAAAAAGUGAAGAUAAGAAUUUAGAAAUGGAAGUUCAAGAUUCUCAAAAGAAUCUAGCAAAAGUGUCAGGUCUAAAGGAAACCAUAAAAUCACUGGUUAAGUCUUCCAGUGAAAGUAAAAUAAAUCAGCCUGAAUUGGUAACACGCAUGAGUACAAGGUCAACAAAGGCAGCAUCCAGUGAUAAAAAAGAUACUAAAUCCGUUAAUAAAAAUAUGGUGACUGUGAAGGGACAUUCACAACAAGAAUGUACAAAAAAGAAGAAAUUAUCUCAGAAAAAAUUAGUGCAUGAAACACCUAAAGCAAAUGAACAGCUUAACCGGAGAUCACAAAGACUGCAGCAGUUAACAGAGGUUUCGACAAGGUCUUUACGCAGUAGAGAGAUUCAGGGUCAAGUUCAAGCAGUUAAACAGAGUCUGUCACCAACAAGAAAAGAGUACUAUAGCAAUACUCAAAGUAAGUCUAAUAAAGUUAAAACAAGUCAAAAACAUGUGAAAAGAAAAGUACUGGAAAUAAAGUCUGACUCUAAAGAGGAUGAAUAUUCAGUAAUUAAUGAAGUAAUAAAUUCCCCAAAAGGAAAAAAACGUAAAGUAGAGCAUCAGACAGCUAAUACUUGUAGCUCUCAGUGUGUACAAGGAUCUGAAAAAUGUCUUCUAAAGACUACUAGAAAAGUGGAAACAAAGCCUUUGCCUGUAACUUCUGAGAUAAAAAGAUCAAAAAUGGCUACUUCAGUGGUCUCAAAAAAGCAUGAGAUGAAGAAGUCAGUUCAUACACGAGUGAAUACUAGUGCAAAAUCCCAAAAAUGUCCUCAGCCAUCAGUGCCUGAACAAAGUAUAGAUAAUGAGCUAGAGCAAGCAGGAAAGGGCAAACGAGGUAGCAUUCUCCAGCUCUGUGAAGAAAUUGCUGGUGAAAUUGAGUCAGAUACUGUAGAGGUAAAAAAGGAAUCUUCACAAAUGGAAAGCGUAAAGGAGGAGAAGCCUACAGAAAUAAAAUUGGAGGAGACUAAUGUUGAAAGACAAAUACUUCAUCAGAAGGAAACAAAUCAGGAUAUGCAGUGUAAUCGUUUCUUCCCCAGUAGAAAAACAAAGCUUGUGAAAUGUUUACUAAAUGGAAUAAACAGCUCAACUAAGAAGAACUCCAAAUGGAAUAAAAUUAAACUCACAAAAUUUAACUCUGUGCAGCAAAAUAAGUUGGACUCUCAAGUUUCCCCUAAAUUGGGGUUAUUACGAACCAGUUUUUCACCACCAGCUUUAGAAGUGACUCAAAGUACAUUUUUAGGGACAAAGCCACAAGAUAAAAAUACAGCUUGCCAGCAGCAAAAAAUGAAAAAAAUUGAUUCUGAAGAAAUUAAAAUUAAUGACAUUACAGUUAAAAUUAAUAAAACCAUACAAAGGGCUCCUGAAAAUUGCCAUUUGGGUGAUCAAAUAAAACCAUCUCCUCAUCCACCAUUGGAUAAUCAGAUGAAGCAUUCUUUUGAAUCAGCACCAGAUAAGAAUUUCAGCCUGUGUUUGGAAUCCAAGCUGGAAAACAAUCCAGUGGAAAAUACCAUUGCUGUUUCAACUCUGCUAGGUCAAGCAAAAGUUGAUGCAGGAGAGAGUAAAUUUCCAGGAUGGCGUACUAACCAAGGUUUUGUUUGUUUUUUAAGGGAGACACCACCAAAUAAUUCUUGGCCUAAUUGUAAUUCCCAUUUGGAGAUAACAAUUCCAAAGGACUUGAAACUAAAAGAAACAGAAAAAGCUGAUGAAAAACAGUUGAUCAUAGAUGCGGGACAAAAAAGGUUUGGAGCAGUUUCCUGUAAUGUUUGUGGAAUGCUUUACACAGCUUCAAAUCCAGAAGAUGAAACACAGCAUCUGCUUUUCCAUAAUCAGUUUAUAAGUGCUGUAAAAUAUGUGGGCUGGAAAAAGGAACGAAUUCUGGCUGAAUACCCUGAUGGUAGGAUUAUAAUGGUUCUUCCUGAAGACCCAAAGUAUGCCCUGAAAAAGGUUGACGAGAUUAGAGAGAUGGUUGAUAACGAUUUAGGUUUCCAACAGGCUCCACUAAUGUGCUAUUCCAGAACUAAAACACUUCUCUUUAUUUCUAAUGACAAAAAAGUAGUUGGCUGCCUAAUUGCAGAACAUAUCCAGUGGGGCUACAGAGUUAUAGAAGAAAAACUUCCAGUUAUCAGAUCAGAGGAAGAAAAAGUCAGAUUUGAAAGGCAGAAAGCCUGGUGCUGCUCAACAUUGCCAGAGCCUGCAAUCUGUGGGAUCAGUCGAAUAUGGGUAUUCAGCAUGAUGCGUCGGAAGAAAAUUGCUUCUCGCAUGAUUGAAUGCCUAAGGAGUAACUUUAUAUAUGGCUCAUAUCUGAGUAAAGAAGAAAUUGCUUUCUCAGAUCCCACUCCUGAUGGAAAACUGUUUGCAACACAGUACUGUGGCACUGGUCAGUUUCUGGUAUAUAAUUUUAUUAAUGGACAGAAUAACACCUAAAACAAAUUCUUGCCUGCAGUACUAGAAGACAUCAAAUGAAGAGAAUGGAUUGGUUGCUGAUUUUAACCAGGAACUAGGGCCAUUUUUAUUACAAUGAACUCAGGACUGGCAACAACCUAUGGUUGUUCCAUUUUCAUAAAAUUGGAAACAAUGCAGUAAUACCUUAUUAUUGUUUUGUUUUUUAAAGAAGAUAUUUUAUUAUCUUUUACAGAAAUUUAUGAUUGAUGUAUUUUAUCUAUAGUUAUUUAGACAUGUUUACAUGCAGCAGAUAAUUGUUCAUAGUGGACUGAAAACUAAUGCAAGGACUACGGUCUCAGUGAUAAGUAUAUUUUGAAGUUCUUAAUAUGGAAAUAUACCAGUGUAGCUUGGUACUGUAUUUUUUUACAUUGAUCUGCUGAUACCAGUUAUAGGUUUAAAGAUUGUAUUUUCACAGAGUAGAAACCAAUGUUUUUGAGUUAUCAUUCAAGGAGGAUGUAAUAUUAUGUGUUUAGGAAUUCAAAGCUAAUUCUUAAAAGGCCUGAUGUAUACUUUGAAGAAACCCCUAAUGAAAAUGAAAACUUCAGCUAAGCAGGAAGAAUUGGGAAUAAUAAGUUUUUUCUUCCAUUUCUCUCUUUCCUAUCUUUGAUGGCAGGAAGAAGUGGAAGGUGGUAAAGAAUUGAGGCUUUCUUUCCUGGAGACCUAUAAAUCACUAAAAUUAGGAAGCAUGCCCUCUAAAUUCAUUGUUCUUUCAUUCUGGUUUCAAUUUUUGUAGUAAAUGGCAACUUGGCUCACCUAAACAGUUAACAAAUCUCAAAAACUUUUAUAAAACCUAUGGAAUAAUUGCAAGCCAAAUAUGGAUGACUUGGUAUCUGCUUUGUUAUUCCUCAGAAAUACUGCACUGAGUAUAUGCCCUCAUUACGGGACUUCAUUUUGAUACUUGUCUAUCCUUCAUAGUGCCCUCUACUUUUAAAGGGUUUAUAUGUUGAAAAACUGCUGUGGCCUUUUAUGACCUGUAUAUAUUGUAGAAUAAAAUAAUAAAAUACUUGUUAGCUUUUUCUAUGUGAUAAAUGUACUAA